AUGACCGUUCAAGAACCGAACGAAAAGGCUUCGCGCCGGCUUCCCAUCCUGCCCUUCAAAAUCAAGCAGUUGCUCGACAAGAAAAAUGCAGAAAUGAAUCGGCCACCAUCAUAUCAAAGAGAAGACAGCACGAUGAGACGAGCGACAACAUCGUCUGGAACACUCACAAUGCCUGUAUCCGAGAUAUCGAGGCUCGAAAAAGAGUAUAUUGAACAGAUGGAAUCGCUUGAAGUUCUUUCCCAUCGUAUUCAAAGCCGAAAAGUCGCUGGUGAUAUAUAUACCAAGCAAUCAGAAAUAUGCUCUCUGGAACAAGACUCAACUGCCGCCUCGGAUGGUCUUCCAGAGCUAGAAGCCGAGCUUGCGAAACUAAAAUCUAGCUACGAUCAAGACACUCAAAAAAUCCAUGACCUUGAGCAACUUGCGCGACAAUUGUUUGCAGCAGCCGAUCAAAGCCAAAAUCCAGCGGAAAGAAUCAAGGCGCGUAGAGCGGAACUUGAAGUCGCAGAGACGCGUCCCUCCAUUCUCCGGCAAAGCAUCGCGAUUGAUGAGCUUGAGAUGGUUAUCCAUGAGAAAAAGCAAAGAUCGGCCACCGCCGAAGCCAAGAUCGAGGCCUUGAAAGUGGGAACCGAAAACGAUCGCGCCAUUCUCCAUGAAGUUGAAAAGCGUACUGUCGAAUAUGUUCCAAGCUUUUCUGAGCGACUGCCUCCAAACACUGAGCAAAGUCUGGGCAAUAUCCGAAUGUCAGUCGAGAACAUGGUCUCAAUGCUCCUUGAGAGCUUGGAAAAGGCGGAGUCGCUCCUGGAGACGGUCACGGAGGCUGAGAACAAGAAAAUCAAUGCUAGUACUACUACUCUUGAUCGACAAGCUAACACUGCUGAGAAACGCCGGAAGCUACCGCAAAGAAAGACGCGUGCCGCACUCAGCAAGGAGCUAGGAGAGGUGCAGAACAAGGUCGAGGAGAUGGUACCACUGUACUGGGUCGGCCAUCAUACUCGCGCUUGGAGAAUGGAAAAGCUACGCUCGGAGAAGGCUGGCAAGAAGGGCGACCCAGUACUCGCCGCAGCAUACUGGACCGCCCAGAACGAAGCCAACGCCAAAGCCGAUGCAACCAUGGACGAAGACUUCGAAGACCAAAACGAAGACUACAUGACCACCUUCCAAACCCUCUACGACAUCCCCGUGCACCACGUCUGGGAGCACCGGCACUUCACCAUGUUCAUCGACGUCGUCAACUGGGGCAGCGACAUGGCCAUCUUCCAACGCUACUACUCCUGCGACAAUUUCUGGCCCUUCUACAAUAAGAUUAUGGGGACCAUCUAUCCGGAGUUCAAAGUCAAUAGUAAUGAGGUGUUUGUGAAGGAUCAGGCGUUGGUGGAUGCGUAUCGUAUGGUUGAGUCGGAGAGGAAGGCCGGGUUGGAGGCGUUUAAGGCGGCGCAGAGACCGAGGAGUAAGAGUGGGAGUUUUAAGGCGGAGUAG